UGUAUGGGUUUUAUAAUUGGGCACUGAGGUAAAAGGUGCUAAACGCGGCAGGCACCGCAAUGCGUUGCGACCACAUCGACAUGGACACUGGUGUUGGUAUCAUUGCUGUCGGUGUCUGUGUCGGUGUUUGUGUCGGUGUCUGUGUUGGUGCUGGUGUUAGUGUCGUUGUCGGUGUUGUCGUCGCCAUCAGCCCGGGCUCGAGUUGGUCUCGAAAAAAAUAGCACUUAUUAUUAUUAUUAAAUGCCGCGCGGGAAACAACGAAAACGCUCGACGGAUGCCAAAAGAAUACCCUGAAAAAUUGGCCUAAGUUCAACCUUUGUUACGUGCAUUUUCCUAACAUUAUUUUCAUAACACUUUUAAUCGUUUUCUUUGCGCGCGCUUUUCAAUUCGUACGAUAAAACAAGUGUCUUCCAAAAAUACGACAAAGAACACAUGAAAACAUAAACAUACUCCCCAGUGUAUGUGAUAAUUUUCAAAAACAAAAGAAUCAAGUGAUAAAAACAAAACUAAGAUAAAACCGAACAACAAAGACAAAGCGAACAUUUUUUGAUGGUUUGCAAAAGUAUUGCACUCGAUAUCAAGAUGCAGUUGAAGAUGGAAACGCAAGCGACGCCGCAGCAACAGCAACAGCAGCAGCAGCAGCAACAACAAUUGCAACAGCAACAGCAACAGCAACAACAGCAAGUGUUGAGCAAACAACAGUUGCAAUUGCUGGAUAAAAUCAAAAUUGAAACGAGCAACGGCAACGAUCCACAGUCCAAUCAAGUGCUGGAGGAGCAACAGGAGCAACAGCAACAGCAACAGCAGCAGCAGCAAUCUGCAACAACUGUUGGUGUUCUGGUGCAGAGCAAUAGUCAAGGCAGUGAAUCCGAUGAGCAACAACAACAGCAACAACAGCAGCAACAACAGACACAGUACGUUGUAGUCCCACGCACCCAACAGCGACGCAUUCUGACCACAGCUGGAACCCUCGAGCUGAACGAGGCACGAGAGGGAGAGCAUAGCACCAACAACAGCAGCGCCAGCUCCAACUCUGCACCGGAGACCCACAUCGAGUAUCAACGGAGCACGCACCACUCGCCACACUACAUUCAAAUGGCACCACGAAGUGCUGCCGAAGUGGCCGAGCAGGUGGCGGCCAAUGCUCCACCUGGCACACUCUAUGCAUUUCCCACGGGUCAGAUUAUUUGCAGCAGCGAUGAUGUGGCGGCCAUUAAAAUAGAGACGAUUGACAAGAGCGAUGUGCCAGGCGAGGCGCAGGCACAGCAGCUGCAGCAGCAACAUCAGCAUCAACAGCAACAACAGCAGCAGCAACAACAACAGCAAUGCCCCACGCCCAAUGGUGGUCCUUAUGCGGAUGCCAUUGUGGUUAGCAGCGAGGCUGCACUGCAGCAUCAUCACCAGCAACAUCAGCAACAGCAGCAGCAGCAGCAGCAACAACAACAACAGCAACAGGCUCAACAUCACCAGCAACAGGCAGCAGCUGUAGCAGCAGCCGCAGCGGCAGCAGCAGCCGCAAGUCAGAACCACAGCGUGCGCUAUGUGACGGAAGAUGGACGCUUCACCACCGCCAGCGGGGAGGCAGAGGCGGCCGGGGGUAAUCUGUAUUACGAUGCACCGGUUGUGGAUGCGGUCAGCGUGCAUGCGAAUGAGUCGAAGACAUAUGCGGAUCUGGGCAAUGCCUAUGCCGCCUUUCCGCCCAACUCGACGUUCAGCAGCAACAGCUAUGCGGCAGCAACGUUGCAGCAGGGCAACACCAUUUACAGUGUGCCAGGGACGGCACAAUUUAUUACGAAAACGGAUCCCAAUUUGAAUCCAUUGCGGCCAACAGCAGCGGGCACAUAUCAGGCCAUAUCCUUCUUGGACGGCAGCAAUGCCAACGAUGCGGCUUUGUGGACGCCCGCUGGUACGGAUUAUCAGAAUGUAUCAUUUUCGAACUAUCAUCCGCAGGUCAUCGAUGACUAUCCGGCCAGUAACAUGACAGCCGCCCAUUGGCCCCCAAGCGCCAGCAUUGGCUAUGAUCCCAGCCUGGCAGCCAGCAAUGCAGCAUCGCCUCCAACUCACGGCCUGCAGGAGCUCAAGUGCGAGAACUGCCAGACGCCGUUUAUGCGAAAGGGUGCCGACUGGUUCUGUCCCGCCUGCACCACCAACUAUGGGCGUGUCCUGCCGCCUCGCAUCCCACAGCGUCAGAAGCCAAAGGCGGCGGCAGCACCGAAUAAUCGGCGUAGUGGUGUCAUCUGUGCCAACUGCCAGACCGCCUCAACGACCCUCUGGCGUCGCAACAACGAGGGUAAUCCCGUUUGCAAUGCCUGCGGACUGUACUACAAGUUGCACAACAUGAACCGACCUCUCUCCAUGAAAAAGGAGGGCAUUCAGAAGCGCAAACGUAAACCCAAGAACAAUGGAGGACCUAUGCCCCAUCGGGCAUUGCCAAGCAUGUCACAGGGUGUUAACCUGAUGGUAAACAGCGGUGCAGUAUAUCCCUCACAGGUGCCAUUAGGCUUGCUGAAUAGCCAACAGAAUGCAAGUCCCGAGUUGCAUGAUAUGUCGACAACUGGACCCGCCGGAGGGGCGCGUGUGGUGGCGAUUGCGUUGAAUGCGACAGUGCCCACGUCGGAUGGCACAUUGAAUAUGUCUCGUCAUCAUGUGACGAGCGAGAGUCACUCACCCUACAGCCAGCAGCAGCAACAACAACAGCAGCAGCAACAGCAACAACAACAACAGUCACCGGCACAAAGUCAAUCACCGCAUCUGCCAAACUCGAGCACAUUGAAUCGCCAGAUAGCACAAUCUGUUCCGCCAAUUGAGAGCGGUCGUAGUUCCAAUAGUGAACUGACUCCAAGCGUCAUCACGCGAACAGGUCUGCCAGAGCGAACUUCGAAUAAUUGAACUAAAAUAAACUUUAAACUAAACUACAGUCAAUAACAUAUUGUAUAUUGAACCUAACCAAACUAUGAAAAUUGCCAAAUUAUUUAUAUAAGCUUAGUUAGAGAGGCACAUAUCCCAGUAAGAUGGAAGGUAUGCAAAUAGUCGGUUCGAUUUCAAUAGUGCGAAAAUGAAUCAGUUCCAUAUAAUAUUUUUGCUUGUUCUCAAUGAGUUACAGCAGUUAAUUUGCUUGCAUAUCGUCUAGUUAAAGAUAAUUUAUUCAAAUACCGUAAAUGGCAGUUUUAUUUAUUUAAAUUUUCAACUUUAAUUUGGAAAGCAUCAAGAGCUUUGUCUUCCCCUUCCUUUUAGUCAACUAUUUGCCGCAAAUGAUUUGAAAUGAUUUGUGCCAACUAGUAUAAGUAUAUUUAAAUUUAGUACAUAUAUGUAUUCUUCCACUUUAGAUUUAGUUUAGCGAAAAACAGCAGAAAAAUACCAUAAAGAAGUCUACGAUUUUGUAAUUUUAAGUUGAUUUUAUAAAAAUAAAAGUAAAAAUAAAUAAGUUGUAAACGUAAAACACUUAAGACUUUGAUGACUCUACCAAGUGUCUCCUGGCGGGCCAAGCCUGUUAUAUUUCAUUGUCAACAAUUUGGCAGCAAACCAAAUUGAUCCAAAUUAAUUUUAAUGACCUCCACACACAGACCACAGCGCAAGGCAGACCAUAAAAUCUUAACAA